AUGGAAGCCUCCAGUUUCAGAGACUGUCAGGCCUGGAGGUCAGAGGGUUUGCCGAUGUCCACGACCAGUAAUGAGGCCUGUAAGCUUUACGACGCUGCCCUGAAUCAGUACGUCAAAUGGCGCAACGAUGAGACACUGGGAGGAUUGGAGGGCUGUCUCUCUGCUCUUCAAACUGCUGACCCCAACUUUGUGAUGGGUCAUGUGAUCGGCACAGGGCUGCAGCUGGUCAGCACCUCCACCUCCCCCAGACUGGACCAGACUCUGUCCAGCGCCGUGAAGAGGACCGUGGACCUGUCCCAGAGCCAAGACCUCACGCCCAGAGAGAGGCUCCACGUCCAGGCCAUGCAGCUGUUCUCUCGAGGAAACUUCCCCAAAGCUUGUGACGCCUGGGAAGACAUCCUGCUGGACCAUCCCACUGACCUGCUGGCCCUCAAGUUCGCCCACGACGCUUACUUCUACAUGGGCGCGCAGACCCGCAUGAGGGACUCAGUGGCCCGGGUGUUACCGCACUGGAAACGCCACACACCCAUGUCCAGCUAUCUGAAUGGUCUGUAUUCAUUCGGUCUGCUGGAGACUCACUUCUAUGACCAGGCGGAGAAAGUGGCUCUUCAGGGACUCUCUCUGGUUCCCGGUGACGCCUGGGCUGUCCACGCCGUUGCCCACGUCUACGAGAUGAAAGCCGAAGUGGAUAAAGGCCUCCAGUUCAUGCAGGGCCGGGAGAAUGAGUGGCAGGUUUCUGAUAUGCUGGCCAGCCACAACUAUUGGCACUGGGCUCUAUACUUCAUCGAGAAGGGAGAGUACGAGGCUGCGCUGAAUAUUUUCGACUCGCAGGUGUUUCCUCGUGGGAAGGCCUCGGGAGCGAUGCUGGACGUUGUGGACGCCUGCUCCAUGCUUUACAGACUUGAAAUGGAAGGAGUGUGUGUGAAAGAACGCUGGCGUGAGUUGUUCCAGAUCACGCGGCCGCACACUGACGAUCAUGUGACCCUGUUUAACGACGUGCACUUCCUCAUGGCUUCACUGGGGGCGAAAGACAGCGGGACGUCCCACAGGCUGCUCCAGGGACUGCAGGACUUGGCCCUGUGA